UUUAAUUUGGAGGUGAUGGCUAGAUGCUGCUACACAGAAAAAGGGACAAGAGCCAUGAGCUUUGAUGAGAAGUUAGAAGAAGCGAGAGAUGGGCAAGGUAGCAUGAAAAUCAAUGAGAUGGAACAGACUAAAGUCAGUCUCAUGAGGACCUAUGUUGAAUCCCAGGAUCCUUCUUCCCGGGACCCUUCUUCCCAGAAAGCGGAUGAUCUGAUGAUUAGAAGGUUCCUUCGUGCUCGUGAUUUAGAUGUAGAGAAGGCUUCUGCCCUCUUCCUCAGGUACCUGAAAUGGAGACAAACAUUUGUUCCAAAUGGUUCCAUUUCUUUGUCGCAGGUCCGAAAUGAAGUGGCUCAGAACAAGAUGUUUCUGCAAGGAUUGGAUAAACAAGGCCGACCCAUAAGCGUUGUCCUUGGUGCUAAACAUUUCCAAUACCAAGGGAGUUUAGAUGAGUUCAAACGUUUUUUAGUGUAUGCUUUCGACAAAAUAUGCACAAGGAUGCCACCAGGACAGGAGAAGUUUGUUGUUAUUGGAGAUCUUGAAGGAUGGGGAUAUUCAAAUAGUGAUAUGCGCGCAUACCUUGGAGCUCUAUCCAUUUUGCAGGACUACUACCCUGAAAGACUUGGGAAGCUGUUUAUUAUUCAUGCACCUUACAUAUUUAUGGCAAUAUGGAAAAUUGUUUACCCAUUUAUCGACAAAAAUACCAAGAAGAAGAUCGUGCUUGUGGAGAAGACGAAGCUGAGAUCAACUCUACUUGAAGAAAUUGAUGAGAGCCAACUACCACAGAUCUAUGGAGGGAAACUGCCAUUGGUUCCAAUCCAAGACAGCUAAUCAACCAACCAUUGUGCAGUGUGGAGGGUGGGCAAGUGUAACAAUCCUUAUCUAAAUAAGGAAUAAGAAUAUCUUCUUUAUUUUCUUAGAUUCCCUGGCUGCAUUUUUGGGUAUUUCUUUUCCUAAAUUUUAGGAUGUUAUUGCUCAAGUUUAGGAAGUUAUUGUCUGGGACUUAUCUGGAAAACUAGAAUGGUUUGGAUUCAAUUAAUCUUUAAUAAAAUUUCUCUAUUUUCUGCUUUGGAAAA